AUGGCUGCGAAACGCAAGGCGUCUGCCAUGGCCGCGACCGUGGACGACGAGCCAGUCGAUCCAUCCGAUGAGCUGGCCUUUUACUGUCUAGGAGGCGGCAACGAAGUUGGUCGUUCGUGUCAUAUCAUUCAAUACAAGGGAAAAACCGUUAUGCUCGACGCUGGCAUGCACCCUGCAAAAGAAGGAUUCGCAGCUUUACCUUUCUUCGACGAGUUCGAUCUCAGUACCGUGGAUAUACUUCUACUUAGCCAUUUCCACGUCGAUCAUUCAUCCGCACUGCCCUAUGUCCUAAGCAAGACUAAUUUUAAAGGUCGAGUUUUAACAACACACGCGACAAAGGCUAUCUACAAGUGGCUGAUCCAGGACAAUGUGCGAGUCAGCAAUACAUCUUCCUCAUCGGAUCAGAGAACUUCACUAUACACAGAACAUGACCAUCUCUCUACGCUACCCCUCAUUGAAACAAUCGACUUUUAUACCACCCAUACUAUCAACAGCAUUCGCGUUACGCCAUACCCUGCUGGACAUGUUCUCGGCGCUGCAAUGUUCCUUGUCUCGAUUGCAGGUCUCAACAUUCUCUUCACCGGCGAUUAUUCCCGAGAAGAAGACCGACAUUUGAUUCCCGCAGAAGUGCCUAGAGGAAUCAAAAUUGAUGUCCUCAUCACAGAGUCGACCUUUGGUAUCUCAUCAAAUCCACCGCGCUUGGAGCGAGAGGCAGCUUUAAUGAAGUCCAUUACGGGAGUACUCAAUCGGGGUGGGAGGGUGUUGAUGCCUGUGUUUGCCCUCGGUCGAGCGCAAGAACUUCUUCUCAUUCUAGAAGAAUACUGGGAGCGACACGCUGAAUUCCAGAAAAUUCCUAUAUACUACAUCGGAAAUAUGGCACGUCGAUGUAUGGUCGUUUACCAAACUUAUAUCGGAGCUAUGAACGACAACAUUAAACGUCUUUUCCGUCAAAGAAUGGCAGAGGCAGAGGCUAGUGGCAACAAAAAUGUUGCAGCAGGACCAUGGGACUUCCGCUAUGUGCGUAGCUUGAGGAGUCUUGAGCGAUUUGACGAUAUUGGCGGUUGCGUUAUGCUCGCCUCGCCGGGUAUGCUGCAAACGGGUACCAGCAGAGAACUCCUCGAACGAUGGGCUCCAAGUGAACGCAACGGAGUGGUCAUGACUGGUUACAGCGUCGAGGGAACCAUGGCCAAGCAACUACUCAACGAGCCAGAACAGAUUCCCGCGGUCAUGUCAAAGUCUGCAGCUGGUCCUGGUAGUCGUGUCAAUCCAAUGGCGGACGAAGAUCAGAAGGUUAUGAUUCCGAGACGCUGCACAAUUGAUGAAAUUAGUUUCGCGGCACAUGUGGAUGGUGUCGAGAACAGGAAUUUCAUCGAAGAAGUAGCAGCUCCAGUUGUGAUUCUCGUACACGGCGAAAAACAUCAAAUGAUGCGUCUCAAAUCCAAGCUACUGAGCUUGAACGCGGACAAAACGGUCAAGGUGAAGGUUUAUACUCCUGCAAAUUGUGAUGAGAUCCGCAUCCCGUUCAGGAAAGACAAAAUCGCAAAAGUUGUAGGCAAACUUGCCGAAGAUGCACAGCCAACAGAAAAUGGCGAAAGCAAACUCAUGGCUGGCGUGCUAGUUCAGAAUGGGUUCGAUCUGUCAUUAAUGGCACCGGAAGACUUGCGCGAAUAUGCUGGCCUGACUACUACGACGAUUACAUGCAAGCAACUUUUGACACUGAGUUCUGCAAGUAUGGAUCUGAUCAAAUGGGCCCUAGAGAGUGCUUUUGGUGUUAUUGAAAGAAUUGGCUCAACUGGAGAUAAGGAGCUCAAGAAAGAAAAUGGAACACACGAAGCAGCAGACGAAGAAAUCGAGUACGCGCAAGAUGAAACGUACUUGGUUAUGGGAAGCGUAGUCGUGAGAUACUUGGCCCGCACGCGGGAAGUUGAACUUGAAUGGGAGGGUAAUAUGAUGAAUGACGGGGUUGCCGAUGCAGUCAUGGCGGUUCUCAUGACAGUCGAGAGCAGUCCGGCAUCUGUCAAACAGUCUUGCAAGAAUAAACACCAUCAUCACCACGACCACGAGGAAGCAUUAGACGAAAAACACAUGCCCUCUCCGGGUCGAAUGAGCUCUCACGAACGCUUCGCUCAACUUCUCAUGAUUCUCGAAGCCCAAUUCGGCGAUACCAUGACCCCAAUUGAAAAACCACGUCUGGCCUCGAACACACCAACCCAGAAUGGGACCACCACAGAAGACGAGAAGGAUGAUCAAGACGAGGAAGAAGAAGAACUCUCAGAAGAAGAACGCGGAGAAGCCGAAGCCGACGAGCUUUCUAGAUUACAUGCCCUUGGCAUCCCAUUCCCCGGCGUGGAAAUCAAAAUCGAUAAACACGUUGCUCGUGUAUGGCUUGAAGAUCUCGAAGUUGAUUGUUCAUAUGCUGUACUUAGAGAUCGUGUCAGGGUUGUCCUUGAGCGCGCUGUUGAGACAGUUGCGAGCAUGUGGACUGAGGAAGUCAGCAUGCGAAGUAAACUCGUGACAAAUGGGCAUGGACAUGGAAAUGGCUUCGGAGGGGAUAAAUUGUUGGAGAAGAAGUUGGCUAUGAUUGAGGCGUGA